ACACAUUUUUCUCUCUCCUCCAUUUCUUCACCUUCCGCUAUCCUGUCAGAAGGCCAUCUAUCUCCAUCACCCUUAACCUUUCACCCCCCUAACUUUUAUUAUUAUUUUCUUUAUUUUGAAAGUUCCUCUCUUCCAACUUUAGAAAGCAAUAUUCAUAAACUCAUAAAGUAUAGUCUUUCUCUUCUAUCAAAUUAAAAUUUCAAAUUCCCCAACUCAUCAUCAUAAAUCAUAAUAACCCCCCCUCUCUCCCUCCCUCUAACACCUCCCUCCUCUCUCUCUCCAUUGACCAAAAAAUGUUCAUAAAAAAACCUCCAUUACUCUUCACCUUACUCUUGUUUUUCCUCUUCCUCUCUCUCUCCUCCGCUACCCAAAAAUUCCGUGAAGCUCCACAAUUUUACAACUCCCCAGACUGUCCUAAACUUGAUCAAAAUGAAUCCGACUCCGAAUCCGACUCCGACUCUGAAUCAAAUCUUUUAUGUUCAGAUCAAGCUGUUCAUGUUGCUAUGACAUUAGACCUUACUUACAUCCGUGGUUCAAUGGCUGCAAUCUUAUCCGUUUUACAACACUCAGCUUGUCCAGAAAAUAUAUUCUUCCAUUUUAUCAUCUCAUCUACAUCAAACUCUUCUGAGUUACACUCAACUAUAAUCUCAUCUUUUCCUUACCUUCACAAACACUUUGAACUGUAUCCAUUUGACGAUUCAUCUGUUGCUGCUUUAAUCUCAACUUCUAUUCGUUCUGCUCUUGAUUGUCCUCUUAAUUACGCACGAUCUUAUCUAGCUAAUCUUCUUCCUUUAUGCGUAUCUCGUGUUGUUUAUCUUGAUUCUGAUGUUGUUAUUGUUAAUGAUAUUUUCACUCUUUACAACUUUAAUCUUCAAGAUGAUAAAGUAUUGGCUGCACCUGAGUAUUGUAAUGCUAAUUUUACAGCUUAUUUUACUUCAACAUUUUGGUCUAAUCCAUCUUUGUCCGUAACUUUUGCGGACAGACACGCGUGUUAUUUUAACACGGGUGUUAUGGUUAUUGAUUUAAAUCGUUGGCGUGCGGGUGAUUAUACUCGUCGGAUCGAAGAAUGGAUGGAACUACAAAAACAAAUGCGAAUCUACCUAUUAGGGUCCUUACCACCGUUUCUACUGGUGUUCGCUGGGAAUAUUGUCCCAGUAGAUCACCGGUGGAAUCAACAUGGUCUUGGUGGAGAUAAUUUCCGUGGGCUUUGUCGGGAUCUUCAUCCGGGCCCAGUUAGCCUCUUACAUUGGAGUGGAAAAGGGAAGCCGUGGGCCCGACUUGACGCCAAUCGGCCAUGUCCUCUUGAUGCUUUGUGGGCCCCUUAUGACCUCCUACAAACUCCCUCUCUUGGACUUGACUAAUCUAUCCUCGGAUCCUGCCGACAAUUUAUUUUCACUAUACAACGGGCCGGGUACGUCGGGUCGGGUCAGAUCUGAUGAUGUGUAUCAGUGUAUGUUCUCUGUAAUUGUGCUUUUUCUUUUCUUUUAAGAUACUAGAUUAGUAGUGCACUACUAUACUAUAUGGGGUUUGUUAAACAUCGCCUCGAAAAUACUUAAAAUCGUCCGAAUCCUACUGUGUAAGUCUAUAUACUAUAUCUGUGUCAAAUGUCAAUGAGCGGGAAAAUUAAUUAGGGUAGAUAAUACGGUCUACAAACUUCUUUUUAGUAGCGGGCCGAGUAGUGAUUAUAGAUUUUGUACCGAUAAUAAAUCUUCGAUGUGAAGAUCUAUCAUAUGCUUUAUUCUUGACAUAUACGGAAUAAACUUGUACAAAAAGUCAUUUUGUUUUAGUAAAGAAUAAAGAUUAAGGAAAGUUAUGAAUCCUA